AAUAACUUUAAUUAAGCGAAAUAUAAUGGAGAUUGUUUUCAUUUUGUUAAAUGACUUGUCUCUAUCCUCUCUGUCCUUUCCACGGACAACCUCACCCAGGCAACCAGAAACGAUUGCGUCUUCAAAUAUUACUGGCAGGUCACAAAGCGAACGAGGAACUCGAGUUAAUCCAAGAGGGUCCGACUCAAUAUUGAAGGUUUCUCUUUUGGCAAGUGAGUGGAAUUCAUCAAUGGGAGGAUUGUCCACAAUUAACAGACACCUCGCCAUUCAAUUGGGAAGACACACUAAACUAGAAGUCACUCUCCUUGUUCCUCCGUUAAGCUGCUCUGAAGAAGAGAAAAGAACCGCAAAAAGUCACAAUGUUAACAUCAGGGAAGUACAGAGUCGUCCAGGUUACAACUCCCUUGACUGUCUGAUCUCUCCACCGAAAGACCUGUCAAUUGAUAUAAUAGUGGGUCACGGUCAGAAGCUUGGUAAACAAGCCCAAUUCAUCACAGUAUCGCACGGUUGCAAAUGGAUUCAGAUAGUGCAUACUUCGCCUGAGGAUCUAGGAAUGCACAAAGAUUAUCCCAUGGCCAUUCAAAAGGGUGAAGAGAAGAAAAACACCGAGGUAGAGUUAUGUAAAUCAGCAGAUGCUGUUGUUGCAAUUGGACCGAAUUUGGGGGAGACCUUCUCGGCUUAUCUUCGCUCAUGUGGAAAACAGCAAGAUAUAAUUGAGCUGACUCCAGGCAUCUUCAGUGAAUUUUCGACUAUAAAACAUGCUGCGGUGGACAAUAAAAAGUUUAGGGUGUUGACCUUUGGUCGUGGUGAUCAAGAGGACCUUAAACUGAAAGGAUACGAUAUAGCUGCUGAGGCAAUAGCUAAACUGAGCGACCCUUCUUACUGCCUAAUUUUUGUGGGUGCACAUGACGGAAAACAGGAGGAUGUUAAAGAAUUUUUGCAUCAGAGUGGAAUUCCUGAUACUCAGCUGACUGUGCGAAAGUUUGUGCAAAGCAAGGAGAAAUUGGAUGNGAAUCAUAUUUCUUUUCUUUUUUCCACGUUCAGGCUUGUGUAA